AUGUCUCUCUACGAUGCAAUUGGCGUCGGCAGUCAGGGAAGGUUGGGUAUCGUUGGGUUCUCCCAAGAAAAUUUCGCCCCUCCUGGCAGGAAGGGUGCAGUCGUGAGCAUCAAAACUGGUUUGUCUGAAGUCGUCAACGAGCCACACGACAGUCUUGCUGGCACAAUCGACAGAAUAUAUGGUUUCAAUAAUCGCAAUGAACUUAUGGGCAACCGAGAGGGAUGCCACACUGAGUCAGGCGGCACCUGUACAAAAGAGCUGUACCAGUAUGGGAUCAGCCCAGAACCCCGCUACAUCAGUGUAACCAGCACCACAGAUGCGACAUGCAUUUCUUGGAUCAGUGUCACGCAGAUUGGCGACAUGCCACCUACGGCCUGGACUGGUGACAUCGGAUGGUAUUGCGGACAAAAAUGGUACAACAGCCUUAACCAUGCAGGAAGGCUCUUAGACUCACACUUGUAUUAUUUCCCCAAGUGUACUUGGGUCGACGCCGAUAACACAAACUACAUCACUGCCGGUGCUCUGAAAUUCGAUACCAAAGCUUACGGCGAGGAUUCAAUCGAUACCUUCCGCGGUAACGUAUGCAAGCCUACCAUCUUCGCGCAAGCCAAUGAACCAAUUGGACCUCAGCCCGACAAACGAGGCACUGAAGACCGCCCUCUCUGGAUGACGGAGCGUCUCAUCAUGUCCAACUUCACCAGCCAUCCAGCAGAGGAGCUCUGCAGUUCUGCCACGUCCUGGGGCCCCGACUUCAUCGGCUCUGACGGCAAGUUCUGUGAUAUGGGUUCCAAGACUCUCAUUCCGCUCUGUUCCUCGAAGGAUAUUGAUGGGUGCAUCGAGGUGGAUGAGGACAACGGCACUCUGGUGAAGCGGAUGAGCGUUGCUAGGCGUUCCGCAAAUAUCGUGCACAAGAAUUAUAGGAGCAUUUCCAAAUGGGAAGAAUAG